AUGGGUCCCGGCCAGAUGGGCCCAGGCCAAAUGGGUGGCCAGAUAGGUGGGCAGAUGGCACCUGGAAGCUUUCCGCCGCCGGUUGUGAACAAUUACGAAGAUGACCCUGAGAACGAACCACCCCUGCUGGAGGAGCUUGGCAUUAACGUCGAGCACAUCAUCCUUAGAAUGCAGGGCGUAGCGUUCUUCAAAAAGCUGGAUGAGGAAGUCCUCAAAGAUGCAGACCUCAGUGGUCCGCUGCUGAUCUGCCUGACCCUGGGCAUGGCGCUCCUGCUAGUGGGCAAGCUGCAGUUUGGGUACGUCUACGGCUUGAUCGCGGGCGGCUCGUUUGGCAUCUGCUGCCUCAUAAAUGUGAUGAGCCAAAAGGAAGGCAUCGACCUCUACAGAACCAUCAGCAUCCUCGGAUACGGGCUCAUACCGAUCGUCUUCCUCGCGCUCUUUGGGAUUGUAGUUUCGUUGAAGUCCACGUUUGGCUCCAUUAUGGCAGCAGUUUGCAUAGCUUGGGCAACUGCUUCAUCUUCGAGAUUUUUCGCGAUUGCGAUACAUAUGCAAGACCAGAGGUGGUUGGUUGCUUAUCCUGUUGGUUUGGCUCUGCUCUGA